CUAGUGAAACGGAACGGAGGCGGUAGGGCUUUUGCCAAAUCUGGAGCUUGUCCCCUCCAUCCCCCUUCCCCUCCUCCGUCGUCUCCGCGGCGCCUCUUCCCCCGAGCUUCCGAAACCCCGCCCCAAAACCCUAGCCGACCGAGGCCGCCUCCGCGAAGAUGAGCUACGCGGCGUACAAGAUGAAGCACUGGCCGACGGGCAUCGAGCACUGCGCCGCCGGCUUCAUCACCCACUGCCCCUCCGACGCCGCCGCCUUCUCCGCGCCCGCGCCGGGGCCGGCGGCCUCCCCCUCCGGGGCUGAGAGCGACGCCGACUCCUCCGCCGCGGCGAGGCGGCCCAGGCGCCUCGGCCCCACCCCCAACCUCGUCGUGGCGGCCGCCAACGUGCUGGAGGUCUACGCCGUCAGGGCCGAUGCGGCGCCCGCCGAGGACGGGGCCGCGUUCGACGGCAUCCUGGGGGCCCGCCUCGAGCUCGUGUGCCAUUACAGGCUCCAUGGGAACGUCGAGUCGAUGGCCGUGCUGUCGGAUGGGGCGGAGAACAGGCGAGACUCCAUUGCGCUCGCUUUCAGGGACGCCAAGAUAACCUGCUUGGAAUUCGAUGAUGCCAUCUAUGGACUGCGCACUAGCUCAAUGCAUUGCUUUGAGGGCCCAGAAUGGCAGCAUCUAAAAAGAGGCAGGGAAUCAUUUGCUUGGGGUCCUGUCAUAAAAUCUGACCCGCUAGGCAGAUGUGGCGCUGCACUUAUUUAUGGACUACAGAUGGCCAUUCUGAAAGCUGCCCAGGUUGGACAGAGCUUAGUGGGAGAAGAUGAACCUACACGUGCACUGAGUUCUAGUGCUGUCCGUGUUGAGUCAUCAUAUUUGAUUGACUUACGAGCUUUAGAGACAAAUCAUGUCAAAGAUUUUACAUUUGUGCAUGGUUAUAUUGAGCCUGUAUUGGUCAUACUACAUGAGCGAGAGCCUACCUGGGCUGGGCGUAUCUCAUCAAAGCACCAUACAUGUAUGAUAUCAGCAUUUAGUAUAAGCAUGACACUGAAGCAACACCCAGUGAUAUGGUCUGCUGCUAACCUACCGCAUGAUGCAUACCAAAUUCUUUCUGUGCCUCCACCUAUUAGCGGUGUUCUUGUCGUCUGUGCAAAUUCUAUCCACUAUCAUAGUCAGUCCACUUCUUGUUCCCUUGCCCUCAACAAUUUUUCAUCACAGCCAGAUGGCAGUCCAGAAAUUCCUAAAUUAAAUUUCCAUGUGGAGCUUGAUGCAGCUAAAGCGACAUGGUUAUCCAAUGAUAUUGUAAUGUUCUCGACAAAGACCGGAGAAAUGCUGUUACUUACAGUAGUUUACGAUGGCAGAACUGUGCGAAGAUUAGAUCUUAUGAAGUCAAAAGCAUCUGUCAUCAGUUCGGGUGCUACGACUAUUGGAAGUUCAUUCUUCUUCCUUGGUAGCCGUUUGGGAGACAGCCUUCUUGUGCAAUUUUCCUGUGGUGUGGCAACAUCUGUCUUACCAGAUCUAAUAGACGAGCGGUCUGGUGAUAUUGAAGGCGACCUGCCUUUUGCAAAGCGCCUGAAGAGGGUGCCUUCUGACGUUUUACAGGAUGUGACCAGUGUUGAAGAACUUUCUUUUCAGAAUAACAUAUUGCCAAACAGUAUAGAGUCAGCACAGAAAAUCUCAUAUGUCGUGAGAGAUAAGUUGAUCAAUGUUGGCCCUCUGAAAGAUUUUUCAUAUGGUUUAAGAGUCAAUGCAGAUGCCAAUGCAACAGGAAAUGCAAAGCAAAGCAAUUAUGAGUUGGUGUGCUGUUCUGGUCAUGGAAAGAAUGGAUCACUUUCUGUCCUACAACAAUCUAUUCGCCCUGAUUUAAUUACCGAGGUGGAAUUACCAAGUUGCAGAGGUAUUUGGACAGUGUACUAUAAGAGUUCCCGUGCACAUACCACUGAAGAUAAUGAAUAUCAUGCAUAUCUGAUAAUAAGUCUAGAGAACCGGACCAUGGUACUUGAGACAGGUGAUGAUCUAGGAGAAGUUACUGAAACAGUUGAUUAUUAUGUUCAAGGGGCAACCAUUGCUGCUGGUAACUUGUUCGGAAGGCGGCGUGUCAUACAGGUAUACGCCACGGGUGCUCGUGUGCUUGAUGGUUCUUUCAUGACACAAGAGCUAAACUUUACUGCGCAUUCUUCAGAAUCUUCAUCGUCCAGUUCUGAGCUUCUUGGAGUGGCAUCUGCUUCCAUUGCAGAUCCAUAUGUUCUUUUGAAGAUGGUUGAUGGAACUAUUCAACUUCUUGUAGGAGAUCAUUCUACUUGUGCUCUUUCUAUCAGCGUUCCCAGUAUUUUUACAAACUUAAGUGAAAAAGUAUCUGCGUGUACACUUUAUCGUGACAGAGGUCCUGAACCAUGGCUGAGAAAGACACGUAGUGAUGCAUGGCUAUCUAGUGGUAUUGCAGAACCGAUUGAUGGCAGUGGUAGUUCAUCUCAGGAGCAGUCUGAUAUAUACUGCAUCAUUUGUUAUGAAAGUGGUAAACUAGAAAUUUUUGAAGUGCCUAGUUUCAGAUGUGUUUUCUCUGUGGAAAGUUUCUUGUCUGGUGAGGCUCUUUUGGUUGAUGCAAAAGGAAGACAGGAUGACACUAAAGUUUCUCUAAAGAAAGAAGUAGCGGAUAGCAUUCGGGUAGUUGAGCUUGCAAUGCAUAGAUGGUCUGGCCAGUUCAGUCGCCCAUUCCUUUUUGGUUUAUUGAACGAUGGGACAUUUUUGUGCUACCAUGCUUAUUGCUAUGAAGGCUUGGAGAGUAAUGUGAAAGACAAUUCAUUUUCACCUGCUGGUUCUGUGGAUCUUGCCAGUGCCAGUGAUUCGAGACUAAAGAAUUUGAGAUUUCACCGAAUUUCUGUUGACAUUACAUUACGAGAAGACAUAUCAAGUCUUGCACGACCGAGAAUCACAAUUUUUAACAAUGUUGGAGGUUAUGAAGGAUUGUUUCUUUCUGGCACGAGGCCAGUCUGGGUUAUGGUUUGUCGACAACGAUUUCGGGUGCAUCCACAGGGCGCACGGUGUCGUUCGUUCCCAGGAGCAUCCCAGAGAACGGCGUCGUUCGCUUGCGGGAACCUCCCAGAGCACACGAUUGUCCGCGCCAGGGGCACCAGGUUAUGUGAUGGUCCCAUUGAAGCCUUUACUGUUCUCCACAAUGUAAACUGUUGUCAUGGGCUUAUAUAUGUUACAUCACAGGGUUUUCUGAAGAUAUGUCAACUGCCCGAAGCAUAUAACUAUGACAACUACUGGCCUGUCCAAAAGAUCCCUUUGCAUGGCACCCCUCAUCAGGUUACAUAUUAUGCCGAGCAGUCUCUGUAUCCACUUAUCGUGUCUGUUCCUGUUGUUCGCCCCCUAAAUCAAGUUCUGUCAAUUAUGGCUGAUCAAGAUUUGGUUCAUCACAUGGAUAAUGAUGCUACAAGUGCCGAUGACCUGCAAAAAACAUAUACUGUUGAGGAAUUUGAAGUUCGCGUAUUAGAGUUGGAGAAACCUAGUGGACGUUGGGAGACAAGGUCCACUAUUCCGAUGCAAUCAUUUGAAAAUGCUCUAACUGUGCGCAUUGUUACAUUGCAUAACACAACCACCAAGGAAAAUGAAACCCUGAUGGCCAUUGGGACUGCUUAUGUUCAAGGGGAGGACGUAGCUGCCAGGGGACGGGUGCUUCUGUUCUCUUUCACUAAAAGUGAAAAUUCUCAAAAUCUGGUAACAGAAGUCUACUCAAAAGAGAGUAAAGGUGCUGUAUCAGCUGUUGCGUCACUUCAAGGUCAUCUGCUGAUAGCUGCUGGUCCAAAGAUCACAUUGAGCAAAUGGACUGGUUCUGAAUUGACCGCUGUUGCAUUCUAUGAUGCUCCUUUGCAUGUUGUGAGCUUGAAUAUUGUCAAAAAUUUCGUUUUGUUUGGCGAUAUCCAUAAAAGCGUAUAUUUUCUUAGCUGGAAGGAGCAAGGUUCUCAAUUGACUCUGCUUGCAAAAGAUUUUGGAUCUCUAGAUUGCUUUGCAACUGAGUUCUUAAUUGAUGGAAGCACACUGAACCUUGCAGUUUCUGACUCUGAUAAAAAUCUGCAGAUCUUCUACUAUGCUCCCAAAAUGGUGGAGAGCUGGAAGGGGCAGAAGCUCCUUUCCAGAGCAGAGUUUCAUGUUGGAGCCCAUCUGACCAAGUUUAUGAGGCUGCAGAUGCUUCCCUCUCCAGGAUUGGCAUCUGAGAAGACGAAUCGUUUUGCCCUUCUUUUUGGUACUUUGGAUGGUGGUAUUGGAUGCAUUGCGCCUAUUGAUGAGUUGACAUUCCGCCGGCUUCAGAGCUUACAGAGGAAGCUUGUAGAUGCCGUCCCCCACGUGUGUGGCCUGAACCCAAGAUCAUUCAGGCAGUUUAAAUCCAACGGGAAGGCACAUCGUCCUGGACCAGAUAACAUCAUUGACUUUGAGCUUCUUGCACACUAUGAGAUGCUAUCGUUGGAAGAGCAGCUUGACAUCGCACAGCAGAUUGGGACUACCCGUGCGCAGAUCCUUUCCAACUUUGCUGAUAUUUCGCUAGGCACGAGUUUCCUGUGAAUUAAAGUUUUGGGCGAUCAUGUUGGAUCUAACACCAUGAUACAGUUGGAAAAGCUAGCGGUGCAUGGCAAUUCUGGAGCUGCUUGUUGAUUCUUGCUUAACUCCGGAGACCUAGGCACUCAGGCAUGUAAACAUGACAUGUGUACGAUAGGAUUAAAUGCUGGCCAGUUUGAUCUUUCUGAGUAAAUUACAGCCACCUUGCCGCGUACAUAUGGUUAGCACUUGGAAGCGCAUUGUAAAUGGCCAUGGUGGUUAAUUUCUUUCUAAGUAGUAGCUGCUGAGCUUCUUGUGUUGCUCCUUCCUGGACAUGUCCCUGAUGACUGUAAUCUUAGUGACUUGCGAUACAAAUUUCACUGUCAGUUGGCCAUGUGAUUGUCGGACGCAUUUCUCUGUUAUGGAAACUUUAGCUUUUUAUUAAGGAAAACGGUAGCAAAGGUUUCAGUC